AUGGCGACUAUUCUCAUCACGGGAGGAAAUCGAGGUAUCGGCUUCGGCAUCGUCCAGGCCAUCGCACGCAGGAUACCUUCUUCCACCAUCAUUCUGGGCUGCAGAAGGCUUGUGACUGGCUACGAGGCAAUCGAUCAGUUGCGAGAACAGGGCAUCUCAUCCAAACUGGAUGCAAUUCAGAUUGACAUUGAGGAUAUCCAGAGCAUCACUACAGCUGUCGAGGUUCUGGGUCAGCGAUAUGGAAAGCUGGACGUGCUCAUCAACAAUGCCGCAAGUCUUCAGCUGCCCAAAACUGAGGAUCUUGCCGAGCUGAGGGACUGCUCCAACCUCAACUUCAACCGCUGUGUCACAUCCAACAUCCUCGUGACCAAGGCGUUUGUCCCCCUUCUGAGGAAGAGCUCCUGGCCAAGAGUCAUCAUGAACUCUAGCGCCAGAGGAAGUCUCGGUCGCACAGCAAGCAGAGAGCUUCCGCCCGUGGCUCUGAUCGACUACUGCGUGUGCAAGGCCGCGGUGAACAUGCUGACGCUGCAUUAUCAGAUAAACGAAGACAACUACAAGGACAGUGGGGAAAAGAUCACUUUCUGGAGUGUUAGCCCGGGCCACACGAAGACGGCUUUCAACAACUUCAAGGGGAAGAAGGAUCCUGUGGACAGUGCCGAGGCAUUUGUGCGGCUGCUGGAGUCUGAGAAGGGAGCCAUUGAGCCGGGUUCGUUUUGGGAAUUCGAAGCAGGAACAUUCCAAGUCGUCCCUUGGUAG